ACUUCCGACAGCGCAUGUUCGACGUAAAGUGACAGAUCUCAGCUCGUCAAAAUUGGAAACGAAAACAAAAGGACGACGCGCUACAAGUUACUAAACAGUGAGGAAUUAAUGUGAUUCCGAGGGGCUUUGGAUAAUGUGUGGAUAACUUAAGACUGUUACAAUAUUAGGAGAUGGACGACAUUAACCUCCACUAUCGCUUUCUGAACUGGAGGCGGCGAAUCCGAGAAAUCCGUGAGGUGCGCGCAGUGCGAUACCGGGAGCGAUUCAAAAGGAUGCUGAGGGACGGAGACAUACUGAGGUAUCAAGGGAACUCAGAUGAAGUUGGCUGUUAUGUGGCUCCAAGGCCAUUAUCGAAAGGAAACCGCUAUUUUGAAGUGACUAUCAUUGAUACAGGAGUGAGGGGGAUGAUUGCUGUUGGCCUGGUGCCUCAGUUCUACAAGCUGGACCAUCAGCCGGGCUGGCUCCCACAUUCUGUCGCUUAUCAUGCUGAUGAUGGCAAGCUGUACAAUGGCAACACUGUAGGACAGCAGUUUGGGCCAAAAUGCAACCAAGGUGACAGAAUUGGCUGUGGAAUAUACCUGGACUCUUUCGAUGAUGGACAGAUUACUGUGUUUUUUACCAAAAAUGGCAAGGAAGUAGGCAAUGUAGAGAUCCCAGGAUCUCCUGAAGCUUUCUACCCUGCUGUGGGGAUGCACUCACUGGGGGAAGAGGUACGACUGGACCUGCAUGCAGAGUGGGGCAUGGAGGAGGAGGAUGGACUGAUGAUAGUGGAUAGCCAUGAGGAUGAAUGGGCCCGUCUGCAUGACGUGAAGGUGACUGGCACGUUGCUGGAGUAUGUGGGCAAAGGGAAGAGCAUUGUGGAUGUGGGCUUGGCCCAGGCUCGUCGGCCUCUUAGCACGCGCUGCCACUACUAUGAGCUGGAGAUCGCAAACGCUGGAGAGAAGUGUUACAUCGCCCUGGGGCUGGCACGCAGGGACUAUCCCAAAAACAGACAUCCUGGUUGGAGCAGAGGGUCCAUUGCCUACCAUGCAGAUGAUGGAAAGAUGUUUCAUGGCAGCGGUGUGGGGGACCCCUUUGGCCCACGCUGCUUUGAGGGGGACAUUAUGGGCUGUGGGAUCAUGUUUCCACGUGACUACAUCAGUGACGGUGGAGACGACAUGGAUGACUGGGACCUCGAUGCGUGGCCCAAGCAGAGUCAGGUUCAGAAUGACCUCUAUGCAAAUAAUGACGAUGAAGAGGAGGAUGGAGAAGAUGUGGACGGGAGGAAGGUCACGGUGUUCUUCACCCGCAAUGGGAAGGUAGUGGGCCGGAGAGAGGUUGCAAUACCAGCGGGGGGUUUCUACCCGACAAUUGGCAUGAUGAGCACUGGGGAGAAAGUCAGAGUGGACCUACACCCCCUCAGUGGCUGAUCAGACUGGAGGACAUGCAAGGAACUAGGAAAACAAAAGUGCUGUAAUCAGAGGAAGACUGGCGGAAAGGAAGAACUCUACUUAAAGCUUUUAGUUGAAAAAACAAACAAACAAACAAAGAAACAAAAAACAAAAAAAAAAAACGGGUGAUCUAGUGUAUUUUGGAGAUGUAACACUAAUACCUCUCUACAUCUGCUGGUUUCAACAUGCUACUUGAGAAGUCACCUCAGCAGAAUUUACAACGGUUCCCUCAUGGACUGAAAAUGACACAAGUGAUGUUAUGUAUUUUAGGAGGAAUGGGCAGGAUCAAAAUAAUGUAUAUUAAAAUUGCAUGAGUGCCUUGAGAAAAUCCUUAGUAUUGAAAUAGUUUUUGAGGAGAUCAGCGCUCUAAAAGGGCGAUAACACUAUUUUUGACAUAUGGAUCAGACAGAAUGUGAUAAAAAAAAAUAAAUGGAAAUGUCAACAUAUGAUCUCAAGAUAUUGAAGAGGAUAAAAUGCUAGACAGAGCAACCCCCAACUACAGAUUGGACCCCAUUUGUCCUCAGAAGAGGAGCAUCAUCUGUGUGAAAUCGUCUUCCUUGUCUCGCCCAGAAAUCUGUGCUGCUUCGAAAUAAGAGGUUUAAUGCAACUUAUUGAGCUUUUGUUGGUGCAUUACUGACGCUUAGAGGCGACUGUAAUUAGUUCAAAAAAUUCUGCUCAGACAUUCUUCCUGAAAAGUGGUUUGCUCUGUCCACCUAAGCACAUCACUGAUGAUCAUCAGAGAUUAAUUCCUCGGUUUUGACUUGGAUGUAGCAUUCUAAAUGUUAACAUUAGUAUGCAUCAUGAAAAUUAGCUGUACCUCUACAGUUCUGCUGUUUCACUCUAACGUGGUGUCAUUCCUAUAAUGAUGCAGUAUUUUAUGACAGUUGUGCAAUAAAUAGAAACUUCAUCCCUCUAGUCCACAUCUAUUAGCAGUUAUCGACAGUUAUGGAAUUAAAUUUAAUAACAGUUUGUUAAAAUCAAGUCCAAACCCUGGUCAUGACCUUUAAAACGCACAAAUAUAGUCACAACUGUUUGUUCUUUAUAGAAGUAAAUCUCAACAGUUUCAAAGGCAAAUUUCACGUUAUUACAACAAUUCUUAACUGUGUAAUCAAAGUGACAGUUUACUGCCAUUAUACUGUAAAGAUGGAGAGCUCACUUUGCUUGGCAUUAGACUCCAAAAAAUACUCGAAGUCCGGCCAAGAGCACCAAACCAAUGCAGAGCUGUCAUUAUUGAAGGACGUCUUUAUGCUGGCGUUUUCUUUAUUUUGACAAUAUCAUUUUUGCUUUGUCAUGUCAUUCCUCUGAGAAAUGCUUGGCAUGUUUUUCCAUUACUGAGAUAUUUGGUAUCCAUGUGUGACGAAAUGUUGCCCCAGGCUUUCACUGUAUCUGACAAUGUGCCAUACACAACUCCAAAAAAAAAACACAUAGUAUUUAAACUGAUGACAAUGACAUGCCGAAUUUUUUUAUGACACCGUGCUGUACACAAGGGAGCCUUUUAUACAAGAAGACACCUUUUACCUCAGCAGCGUGUCAAAUGUAAUGUUUUUGAGGCUUGUCAUUCUAAAUUUGUGGAUUAUCAGCUCAAAAUGCAAAUGCCUCAGUAGUGGGAAACGAUGAAGAACAAUCAUCUAGUAUUAGUAUUAAAUUCUAUCAAGACCAAAAUAAUGUUGAACUAUGUCAUAAAGUACCAUAGUACAUUAAGCAGGUAUUGUUACUAGUUCAGCAUUAGAAAUUUUAGAAUUUUUUUUUUAAGAUUCAAAUAUUGAAAAUGAAGCCAUAGCCAAAAGUUGCAUCUCUCAGGUAUAUACCAAAAUUGAAAUGAAUUACAAUUAAUUACAUUGAAUUUUGAGUCUAUUUUAAAGGUUUUCUAUAAAUUCCGCCAUAUGCUUUUGUUUUAAGCACUUUAUAGUUCCAGUAUAUGGUGGAAACUUAAUUAUGUGAAUGUAAGUCUUCUUAAACAACCAGACUUCGCCUAAAACAACUGACAGAGAGCCAAGAAAACACACCGCCACACCACCACCAGCCUGUCCUGUAGACAUCAGGCAGGGUGGCAUGUUGUCUCUGCCAAACUCGGACCGUGCCAUCACCAUGUCUCAACAGAAACCAGGAUUCAUUGGACCAGGCAUCGUCUUUUUUUUUUUUUUCCACUCCCGAGUCAUCCAGUUUUGGUGAUUACGUGUCCACUGCAGCUUCGUCCUCACGUUCUUAAUUGACAGAAUUGGAGCCCUGGGGGGUUUUCUGCUGCUGUAGCCCAGCUGCUGUACAGGUUGUAGGUUUUUUCCAGAUGCAGGUGUUCCAGCGAGUAAAAUGUGAGCAAUAUCAGACUUGAGCAAAGAAAGCUUGUUCUCCUGCCAUCAUGUGAGUGCAGCAGAGGACCGGGAGCUAAACAAGGGAGUGUGUGUGCAAUGCUAAAAGUAUCAAAUGGGCUGUUGUUAUACCUGAAAUGUCAUAUGACGGUUGUUCAGUCACAACUGUGUAAACCCAUGUAAUUGCACCACGAGUGUUAUUAUGUGGAAAGGAUGUGUUCCAUUACUUUUUUGGGGUUCAGCUGUUGGAAACUGUGUUUGUAUUGGUGAGCAGCACCCACUGUGAACCUCGUGUGUGCAAAGCUUUACAGUGAAGUAUGUGACUAAAUAAACACAGUCAAGUUGUGAUGCCAAAAACUCGAGAGUAAGCCCCAGGUUAAAAAUAUUUGUAAUUAUCCUUUAAAGGACACUAUACUUACUAUUGAAACAAUAUAAUGUAUCUAUGAGGCUAUGAGAUUGUCUGUUCAUAAAAUCUGCCACAUGUAAUGGUACCAAAGUGCAAUCUGCUGCACUAAUCACUCCGAAAUCCUAUGAAAGAAUUUCAGCUGCACUUCAUAUACAACCACAAAUGUCAUUCAUCAUUGAUACCUAUAAAGCAAAUGGCCUGAAAAUGCUGCAGACAUACAGUUUAUUGUAUCUCUAAUAGAUCAUCAUAGAAAACGUAAAAAGUGUUCAGCUGGUCUCUAAACACCUAUCUAUUUAAAUAGUAUCUCCCUGUACAGUUCUUUUGUCAUUCAUCUGAAUGCAAUGUUUUUCUUCAAUUUGUAAAUUCAAUUUGUAAGGGGACUUUUUACAAUAAAGGCCAUGGAAUCCUC